UAAGUAUUCAGUUCUCUUACAUGAUUUAAAAACGUUAAAACAAAUAAUCCAAACUUAUUAAAAAUGAGGGUUAUUUUUUAUUUACUACUUGUCAAAACGGUUUAUGCCGGCACCAAAGUAACCGUUGGAAUAUUAACCCAAGAAAUAUCACCAACUUUGCAGAAAUGUAUUCGCCAGGAUGCUAAACAUACAGAUGAUUACACUGCUUUUAUUGUCUCGUCUUAUGUAAAAUUCGUAGAAAGUAGUGGGGCACGAGUUAUUCCAAUAAAAUUGGACAAAAAUGAGCCCUAUUAUGAGCAUAUUAUAGGCAAUGUUAGUGGAUUAUUGAUACCGGGUGGAGUAUCAAAGUUAGAAACUGGCUCCUUCUAUGAGGCUUUAAAAGUGUUAUAUAAAAUAAUAGUAAGGAAAAAUGAAGCAGGAGACUAUUUUCCAAUUUUAGGAAUAUGUCUCGGGAUGGAAGGUUUAGUCAUGGUAGCCAACAAAAAUGUAAAUAUCCGAAAACAUUGCAGAGCUGAAAACAUUUUAUUGGAUAUUAACGUCACUUCCAGCAAAAAUAGCAAAAUGUUCAAGAAUAUCGAAACAAUCAAAAACGAUCUAAAAAAAGUUGCACCUCACUUUCACAAUUAUUGUAUUUUAAAAGAAGAUUUGUCUCAAAGAAAUUGGCUUGUAACUAGUGAAAAUUUUGAUGAAGAAGACAAUUUGUUUGUUGCAUCGUUGGAACAUAAAAAAUAUCCCUUCUAUGGGCUUCAGUUUCAUCCAGAGAAAAACGCAUUCGAGUGGAAAAACGACUUGAAUUUAAACAAGUCUCCCAGUGGAAUACGCGCAUCGAGAUAUUUCGGAGAUUUUUUCAUCGAAGAAUGUAGAAAAAACGAUAAUGUAUUACAAGACAACAAAUUUCUUUUUAUUAAUAGAUACGACCAAAUACCGACUGGUAAAUAUGGAUGCGCAUUUGACUCAGUUUAUGUUUUCGAAUAGUUUGGAUUCGAAAUUUGUAACGUUUUGACAUUAAACAUUUAUCCUGGC